UACAUAAAACCUUAGAUUUGGCAAUACUAUUGCAGCCAACUUCACGCGCGUUCUGUUAUCUUUCUUUCUUUUUCUUCCGGCACAAGAAACAGCUACAGAGUAAAAAUGACAAAGAAGCGUCGUAAUGGAGGUCGCUGCAAGCAUAACAGAGGCCAUGUGAAGGCAGUACGUUGCACCAAUUGUGCUCGUUGCGUGCCUAAAGAUAAAGCUAUUAAGAAAUUUGUGAUUCGAAAUAUUGUUGAAGCUGCGGCAGUGCGAGAUAUUUCAGAAGCCUCCAUUUGGGACACUUAUAUCCUGCCGAAGCUGUAUGCUAAGCUUCACUAUUGCGUUUCUUGCGCCAUUCACUCUAAAGUUGUCAGAAAUAGAUCUAAAGCUGGCCGUCGUAUUCGUACGCCACCCGUAAGGACUUUUCCUAAGGACAUGGCACGUAAUCAAGCUAGAAAAUAGUUACUAGUUGCUAGUUAUCAAAUGUGAAUAAAAGUUACAAAAACAGAAAAUGGAGUGUACUAUUAGCGAGUGCCAAGUAGAAUUUACAUUCAACUUGUGUAAAUCCUCAAA